UAUCACCAAAAGUUAUGAACACUACCCUACCCCCUUCCCUUCUUCAACUCUCAAGUGUUUUCAUUUCUGUAGUAACUCAUAACCUCAGCUAGCUUCAGAGCUCAAAGCCUUCAAACAACAUGGAAUGCUAUCCUGCCCACCGUCCAGUCUACAUUCCCAAUCGUAUAACUGACCCAAAUUACAUCCGCAUCUCCGACACUACACUUCGCGAUGGCGAACAAUCCCCCGGUGCAGCCAUGAAUGGCAAGCAAAAGCUUGAUAUCGCGAGACAACUCGCGAAGCUCGGCGUUGAUGUGAUCGAAGCCGGCUUUCCUGCUUCUAACAAGACAGACUUUGAAGCUGUAACUGUGAUUGCAAAGGAAGUUGGAAAUACUAUUGAUGAGAAUGGACAUGUACCUGUUAUAUGUGGCUUUGCUAGGUGCAAUCGUGAUGAUAUUGAUAAGGCUUGGGAAGCUGUGAAGUGGGCAAAGCGGCCAAGGAUUCUUACUUUUAUUGCUACCAGUGAGAUCCAUCUGAAGUAUAAGCUGAGGAAGACGAGGGAAGAGGUGUUAGAGAUAGCGAGAGAGAUGGUAGCCUAUGCGAGGAGCUUGGGAUGUGAGGACGUCCAGUUUGGUGGUGAGGAUGCUGCAAGGGCCGAGAAGGAGUUCCUCUACCAGGUUCUGGGCGAAGUUAUCAGGGCAGGGGCAACGACUGUAGGCAUUGGUGAUACUGUAGGCAAUCUCUUACCAACUGAAUUUGGAGAAUUGAUUGCUGACGUCAAAGCCAACACCCCUGGAAUAGAUAAUGUCAUCAUCUCUACCCAUUGUCACAAUGAUCUUGGCCAAGCUUCUUCUAGCACAAUUCUGGGAGCAUCUGCAGGUGCAAGACAAUUAGAAGUAACUAUCAAUGGCAUUGGAGAAAGAGCUGGAAAUGCUUCCUUUGAAGAGGUUGUAAUGACGCUGAGAUGCCGUGGGGGGAAGCUGGGGGGCCUUUAUACCGGGAUCAAUACCAAACACAUUGUUAUGACAAGCAACAUGGUAGCUAAGUAUACUGGACUCAUGGUUCAGCCACACAAGGCUAUCGUUGGAGCUAAUGCAUUUGCUCAUGAAAGUGGUGUCCAUCAGGAUGGAAUGCUUAAACAUAGAAGUACUUAUGAAAUCAUUUCCCCUGAAGAUAUUGGGUUAUCUCGGUCUAAUGAACUUGGUCUUGUCCUUGGAAAACUUAGUGGACGCCAUGCUUUGAGAUCGUAUCUUUCUAAGCUUGGUUAUGAAUUAGAUGAGGAGGAACUUAAUGAUGUCUUUCAGCGUUUCAAAGCAGUAACUGACAAGAAAAAGCAUCUAUCUGACGAUGACAUUGUAGCAUUAGUGUCAGAUAAAAUCUUCCAGCCACAAGUUUGUUGGUCGCUUGGUGAUAUACAAGUUACAUGUGGAACUUUUGGCGUUUCCACUGCAACUGUUAAACUUGUUGAUUUUGAUGGAGUAGAGCAUGUAGCAAGUUCAGUUGGAAAAAGUGUUCUUGAUGCAUCUUACAAAGCCAUUGGCCACAUUGUCAAGUUGCCAGUAACAAUUUGUGACUACUCCAUAACGCCAGUAACAACAGGCAUUGAUGCAGUAACCUCCACAAGAGUUGUAAUACAAGAGCAGAAAAGGCAAAUAUCUGAUCAAGCAACCAAUGGAUUAAACUCUCCUACUACUUUCAGUGAAACUAGUGAAGGAAUGGAUAUCGUUGUCUCUAGUGUCCUCGCUUAUGUGAGUGCAAUUAACAAGAUGAUUAGUUUCAAGAAUAGAACCGCAACACAAGUUUCAAAGGAAAGCAUGCAAGUGUUUCCAUGAAAAGGUUGAGGGUAUUCUACUAUGGCUCCAUAUUGUCAAUAAGUAGUGCAUCUUGCUUGGGUGCAUUAUGAUAUCAUGGCAUUUUCACAUGGUAAUAUCUUGGUGAUUGAAUUGUAUUAGUUCUUACUGCAUAGAUUUCUAUCAAGUGGGUGAACUGCAUCACAUCCCCCCAUUCCUUCACAGGAGAAACAUUAGAGGGGAUUCUUUAAGCAGGAAGUUAAUGUUGCAUGUAAUUUUUUAUUUUAUUUUUAAUAUGAACUAGCUUCUCUGCAUGAGGUGAUUGGAUCGGUAGAAAAUAAAAUUAGUUGAUCCUUUUGAUGCC